UCAUCACGACGACUACACUUGAGAGAGGUGUCUCUAAACAACAAGCACACAGGUACCAUAACUGCUCAAAAUGAAUCUCGAGCCACCCAAAGCUGAGAUCAAGUCGGCCACCCGUGUCAGUGGAGGCCCGGCCACUCCACGCAAGGGACCACCCAAGUUCAAGCAGAGGCAGACCCGUCAGUUCAAGAGCAAGCCUCCGAAGAAGGGAAUCCAGGGCUUUGGUGAUGAUAUCCCUGGAAUGGAGGGCUUAGGCACAGACAUCACUGUCAUUUGCCCAUGGGAGGCCUUCAAUCACCUGGAGCUGCAUGAGCUGGCCCAGUACGGCAUCAUCUGAGCCUUCGUGCACCUCCCUGCAAUCCCCUGAGGAUUACAGGCCGCAUCCAUGCACUUCAAACCACCUGCCUCGGGCUCCAUCUUCCAGCUUCAAAUGGAACUAUUCCAAACAAACCACUGUAAUGAACUGUAACAAACACAAAAAAUGGAAAAAGAGAAAAAAGUCUACAAAAAAAAAAAAGAAACAACUUUCUGUCCUCUUACACCGGAUUCUUCUUCUGAUUCUGCUCGUGUUAGGGAUCUGUUGUUUUGAUUCUCAUGACUUCACUAGACCUGCACUGUCACUCUAACCUACCAGCACCCUUUUCUCUUCUCUUGCUAUUCAGCCUUUUUUUCUCCUCUUUUCCUCUUCUUUUCUAUUCUUCUCACGGACAAAACAUGAAACUUACGCAAGCAAGGCAGCCUCAAAUUGAGUUUAAGAGACAAACCCGUGAAGUAGGUGGGUUCCCACUUCAUGUGCUUCGGCACCUCUUUCAUCAUCUCGGAGGCUUUCUCCAUCAAUGCCGAACAUAUAAAAACCUGCAUUCUGUAGAGACUGGACACCAGCUUGCCAUUGCUUAGCGUAACAUUUCAGUGAGGUAAUGUUAAUCACUCAUCAUCUGAUAUCCCUCUUUUCCCUCUGUUUUGACCAACCUGUAACUGCACCUAUUUACACCAGCAUAGAUAAAUGCUCUUAACCCUCUCAUUAAUUUUUUUCUCUUUUCUGCCAUCAUAAUGUGUGAAAGCCAGCUAGUGUUUGUGCAAAAAUGAAACCACUUUAAAACCAACUUGUGGAGAAAAACCAAGAAUUCCUUCUUUGCAGUAUCCAAAUAUGUGAUUUGGAAGGGCAAUAAUGUGUACUGUUCUUCAUUUGCCCACACUAACAACCCAUCUUAGCCAUUAUUGUGUUUGCUUGUUUUAACAUUAGUUUUAUAUCUCCUCUAUUUGUAUAUCCCCCUUGUGUAAUAUGAAUGUAUAUGAAAAUAUGUAUGUGUGUUUAUUGCAUGUUACUCAUACUUUCACAAGACACUGUUGUGCCCUGUGUGUUUAUAUUUGUGUUUUUAAGCUCAUUACUAUAGCUCUCAUUUGGUGUUCUCUUGUAGAGUAGAGCACAACUGUCUACAUCUUCAUCUUUCAUCCAUCAUUCAGUGUUGCAUCUGUCUGUUUCUGAUUUCAUCGCUUCAUCUCCAUUGUCCUCCUCAUCAUCACUGAUCCUUCGUCAUAUUUAUGUUUAGACAGUUAAGUGUACCAGUCUGUUGUAAACAUAAGACCAAUGCAUUCACAUGUUAAGUUGCAUCUAGCUUCUUCUCCCUUGUUCUAAUCAAGACAAUAAUAACAAAGUAUAACUUUGCCCUGAUGAUAAAAGCUGGUGAUGGAAGAGCUGGUGGACUUUUCUUCUGAUGAUGUUUCCAAUAAUUGCACUGUAGUAGUGAAGGAUGGCAGAGGGAUGAGUGGGAUGGAUGUUUUAGUGCAUGCAAGAGAUCUGUAAUGGAGCUUUGUCCUCUCUACAGGAUGAGGGAAAAAAAUAAAGCAUAAAA